GAAAAAGCAAAGAGAAGUCCUCCUGUCUCUCUCUUCCUCUCUCUCUUCCGUAGUUUCUCUCUCUAUUGUAUACUCCAUCGUCGAAGCGAUAGAGAGAGAGAGAAGAACCCUUCUUCACAAACCUCUCUCUCUCUCUCUCUCUCUUCCCUUGUGUCUGUCGAUUCUCGCUGGUCUCGCGUUCCUCGGAUUGUUUCGAUCGCGUACGCUGAAUCGCGCCGGGAAUUCGGCCGUGGUUUCGAUUCGUCGAGCGAGAUCAGCAGAAUCAGGCAGUCUUUUUCAGGAGAUCAGGACAAUGGAGUCUCACAAUGAGACAGGAUGCCAGCCUCCAAAAGGCCCAAUCCUCUGCAUCAACAACUGUGGCUUCUUUGGAAGUGCUGCCACUGCCAAUAUGUGCUCGAAGUGCCACAAGGAUGUGAUGCUGAAGCAGGAACAGGCACAAGCAGCUGCAUCGUCACUUGAGAGCAUUGUGAAUGGUAGCUCCAGCGAAAAUGGGAAAGAACCUGCAGCAAGUGAGACUUUGGACUUGCGAGCUGGCUUGGUUGACACAAAAUUCAUUCCAACUGAACUCUCAGCUGGUUCAUCUUCAAACAAGGAUGUGGAGACAAAAGUGAAUGAGGGUCCUAAAAGGUGUGCGUGCUGCCAUAAGCGGGUGGGGUUGACUGGGUUCAACUGCAAGUGUGGCAGCCUCUUUUGUGCAGUACACCGCUACUCUGACAAACAUGAUUGUCCGUUUGAUUAUAGAACUGCUGCACGAAAUGCCAUUGCCAAGGCCAACCCUGUCGUCAAGGCUGACAAGCUCGACAAGAUUUAGAUUUUGGGGGCUCGAGAGGUGGCUUAUCUACUGGAAACUGUGCGGCGAUUCACCUGCGCGCGAUUUCAAAUAUAUAAGUUUGGCUGCAUAAUGUCUUAGCUCUCCUAUGUCUGGUAGAAACUGCGGGUCACAUCAUCGGGGGCCAGCUUGCAGCCAAGCGAACUCUCUUAUUCGUUGUGAUUGGCGGUAAUUUCGUUGUUGGCUUGGUGUGUAAGUCAUUAUUUGUGUCGGUUUGAUGGACUCCAUUGUGGCUACUUCUGUUGGUCUGAAUUUCCAGCUGUUUGGCUUUCAAUGCAAUCGAUCUGUGAUGAUCAAUGUGAGAUCGGAUGUUUUGACUCUA